AUGCCCGAAAAUCGAUGGGAUUUGGCCAAAUACUCUACUCAUAUCUACUCCGAUGCCAUGAUCAGCGAGGAUCCUGCCAAGGGCUACAGACUGGAGUCCAAGGUGGGGAUGAAUGCAAGAUGGCACGGACGGUUGCUGAUCCGUUCAAAGGUGUGUUUUGCGUCCAGUUGA